GUUGAUCUCAUCUCAAUAAUCCGUGACAGGCGCGACCGAGCACCGCGAAACAACCUACAUUCCCCAACAUUCAUUGCGCAAGCCGAUUGCGGCAAUGAGCGUCAUGCUUCAGACCCCUUCGCGGGCUUCAACAGCCUCCUCCUCCUCCUUCCAGCCAGUCUCCCGCCAGAACACAAUGUCGUCGCACGAUGGGGGAAGGUCUGUCCGACAGUCGAAGCGUUAUUCGAUGACCACUCUGUAUCUGUCUAUGUCGGCAAAUGAGAAAGACUUGGAAAUUGAAGAUGAUUUGGCAAAGGCCCAGAAAAUACUUCGGGACCUGAAGUCCAAGAUCUCCUCACAAUCGAAGAAGAAUUUCGUUCUGGAGAAGGAUGUUAGAUAUCUAGACUCUCGUAUUGCGUUGUUGAUUCAGAAUCGGAUGGCCCUGGAAGAGCAAAAUGAAGUGGCAAGCCACCUCGAAGAUGCUGCAGAUCUGCAAGAGGGGUUCUUUCCAAAUGACGAAAAGACUCAGAAAUACGGCAACCUACUCUUCCUCUUACAAUCCGAGCCCCGACACAUCGCACACCUUUGCCGUCUAGUCACGAUGGCUGAGAUCGACUCCCUCCUCCAAACUGUCAUGUUUACAAUCUACGGGAACCAAUACGAAAGCCGUGAAGAACAUUUACUUCUGACCAUGUUUCAGUCCGUCUUGACAUAUCAAUUCGACAACACCCCCGAAUACUCUUCACUCCUCCGAGCAAAUACCCCUGUUUCACGAAUGAUGACAACCUACACCCGGCGAGGCCCUGGGCAGAGCUACCUCAAGACAGUGUUAGCUGAUCGCAUAAACGGAUUGAUUGAAUUAAAGGAUCUGGAUCUCGAAAUCAACCCACUGAAGGUCUAUGAGAGAAUGAUUGAGCAGAUUGAGGAAGACACCGGGAACCUGCCAGCCUCUCUACCAAAGGGAGUUACUGCCGAGCAAGCCGCAGAGAAUGCGCAAGUGCAGGCCAUUAUUGAGCCAAGACUUACCAUGCUUAUGGAAAUUGCCAAUGGAUUCCUCACCACGAUCAUUGACGGGCUGGAGGAAACACCUUACGGAAUUCGGUGGAUUUGCAAACAAAUCAGAAGUUUGACGAAGCGGAAAUACCCAGAUGCAAACGAUCAAGUUAUUUGUACCUUGAUUGGGGGCUUCUUCUUCCUCCGGUUCAUCAAUCCCGCCAUUGUCACCCCAAAAUCAUACAUGCUCAUCGACGGAACACCGGCAGAAAGACCACGGAGGACGCUGACCUUGAUUGCGAAGAUGCUUCAAAAUCUUGCAAACAAGCCGUCAUAUGCCAAAGAGCCCUACAUGGCCAAACUACAGCCGUUCAUUCAACACAACAAGGAGCGGGUUAACAAAUUCAUGCUGGACCUGUGUGAAGUGCAAGAUUUCUAUGAGAGCCUUGAGAUGGACAACUACGUCGCCCUUUCAAAGAAGGAUUUGGAGCUCUCCAUCACCCUGAACGAGGUUUACGCAACGCAUGCUUUACUGGAAAAACACAGUGCCGAGUUGAACAGGGACGAAAAUUCUCAUCUGGCAGUCAUUCUGAACGAUCUGGGCCCCGCCCCGGCACAGUUACCACGAAAGGAGAACAGAGCAAUCAAUUUGCCUCUGUUCAGCAAGUGGGAGACAGCAAUCGAUGAUCUGACGGCAGCGCUCGACAUAACGCAAGAAGAGGUUUAUUUCAUGGAAGCUAAAUCUACAUUUGUGCAGAUUAUGCGUUCUAUACCAACAAAUAGUGCAGUUGCCCGAAGACCUCUUCGGCUUGAGCGAGUUGCGGACGCCGCGGCAACAUCUCGCAAUGAUGCUGUUAUGGUGAGGAAGGGUAUCCGAGCGAUGGAACUUCUUAGCCAGUUACAAGAACUUCAAGUGAUUGACAAGUCUGACCAGUUCAGUCUCCUCCGAGACGAGGUUGAGCAAGAACUACAGCAUCUCGGGUCCCUCAAAGAUGGGGUGAUCGUGGAGACACAAAAGCUGGAAGAAGUUUUCAAGACGAUCAGAGAUCACAACACCUAUCUGGUAGGUCAAUUGGAGACCUAUAAGAGCUACCUUCACAACGUUCGAAGCCAAAGCGAAGGCACCCGGAGAAAACAGCAGAAACAUCAAGUUCUGGGCCCAUACAAGUUCACACACCAAGCUUUAGAGAAGGAGGGCGUCAUCCAGAAGAGCAAUGUGCCGGACAAUAGACGAGCGAAUAUCUAUUUCAAUUUCACAAGUCCUUUGCCGGGGACAUUUGUUAUUUCACUGCAUUACAAAGGACGAAAUCGUGGACUUCUAGAGCUUGACCUGAAGCUCGAUGAUCUGCUUGAGAUGCAAAAGGAUAACCAAGAAGAUCUUGAUCUUGAAUACGUUCAGUUCAAUGUCCCGAAAGUUUUAGCUCUCUUGAACAAACGCUUCGCACGGAAGAAAGGAUGGUGAUAUCCUGUUCGAAAUGUGUGCCAGUCGGCAUCAAACCGGUCCGACGUGUGAGGCGGCCGUUGCCGGCUUUAGGGGUCUUGAGAUGACCGAUGAAAUACUUUUCUGGCGGGUUGGCAAUGCCGUGUUGCUUCAAUAUUACAUUUGGUGGUCGGUCGCUCGAAUUGGCGUAAGUGGA